AUGAUGCGCACGCACGAGGAUCCGGGCGUGGAGGAUUGGGUCGCCGCGAAUAUGAAGCCCGGGUCCAAGGUUGGGAUUGAUGGGAUGACGGUCUCGAUAAAUGGAAUGAAGCGCUUUCGGUAUGCACUCGCCGCUGCGCAGGCAAACAGCUCCAUUUCGGUUGAGCCGUUGCCGAAGGAUGUGCCGAAUCUUGUCGAUCAGAUCUGGGCGUCUGCUCGUCCAGCGGCUCCUGCUAGCAAGAUCGUUGUGCACCCGGUUGAGUAUGCCGGUGUGUCGGCAAAGGAUAAGUUGAUCAACGUUCGAACAACCAUGCAGCAAAAGGGGGCGUCCAUGUUGAUUGUGUCCGCUCUGGAUGAAGUUGCCUGGCUGCUCAACCUGCGCGGUGGAGAUGUGAACUACAAUCCAGUUUUUUGGGCGUAUGUUACUAUUACAGCAUCGUCGGCGACAUUAUAUGUGAACAACACUCGCUUCGGAGAGGGAGUUGACGAGCAAUUGAAGGAGAGUGAUGUUACUGUCUCAUCAUAUGAUUCGCUACUGCCCGAUUUGUCGCAAGCAUGCUGGGAUGACACUUCUCGUGUCUGGAUGGAUCCGAACAACUGCAACUAUGCGAUCCUCGAUUGCAUCCAGAAAUGCGCACAAGGGGUGCAACUGAUCAAAAAGCAGGGUCCCAUCGCACUAGCCAAGGCGAAGAAAUGCGGAGUGGAACUGACCGGUGUCCGUUCCUCGCACAUCCGCGACGGGGUGGCACUGAGCAAGUUUCUCUGCUGGCUGGAGAACGAGGUGGCCAACCUAGGGCACGAACCGACGGAAAUAAACGCAUCGGACAAGCUGGACGGUUUGCGAUCGGAGCAGGAUUUGUUUGUGUCGCUAUCAUUCCCGACGAUUUCAAGCGCAGGGGCCAAUGGUGCAGUGGUCCAUUACCGGGCGGAGGCGGCCACAGCUGCCAAGAUCACGAAGAACGACGUCUACUUGGUAGAUUCGGGUGGACAAUUUCGUGAUGGAACGACGGACGUGACGCGGACGAUGCAUUUUGGAGUGCCAACGCCAUGGCAGAAGGAAUGCUUCACGCGCGUGCUUCAGGGCCAUAUCGCAAUCGAUCGGGCGAUUUUUCCCAAGGGAACGACGGGACAUGUGUUGGAUGCGUUUGCUCGGGAGCCGUUGUGGAAAGUGGGAAUGGAUUACAAGCACGGGACUGGGCAUGGGGUGGGCAGUCAUCUGAACGUGCACGAGGGACCGCAUGUGUUGUCGUUCAAAUCACAAGCGUUAGGCACGGCGCUCGAGCCUGGGUUUCUGACGAGUAACGAGCCUGGUUAUUACGAGGAGGGUGGGUUUGGGAUUCGGAUUGAGAACGUAUGCAUUGUGCGGGAGGCGGACGUGAAAGGGCCGCCAGGUGGGAGUGAGAAACCGUUCUACGGGAUGGAACGGGUGACGAUGACGCCGAUACAGAAGAAGAUGAUCGAUGUUGGGUUGCUAAACGAGAAGGAGAGGAGCUGGGUGGACGAGUACCACAAGGAGUGCUUUGAGAAGUUGGAACCGUUGUUGAAGGACGACGCAGAAACGUUGGCGUGGCUGAAGAAGGAGACAACCCCCCUCGUUUCAUGAGAAGUCCUUGGAAAUGUACUGUAGUCGAUGUGGCGCAAAUACGUGCAAGUGUGAGUAAAGUGCACGCGAGCACGGUGAAUAAACGCAAGCAGGGUGGGCACGCGUAAAAACGUUGCAAGAACGCAUGCAGCGCGUCUAGAGGAUGGUAUGUAAAGUGAGAUGAGGGUAAGCAGGAGGGGCACAUUUAAAGCGAGUACUGUAGGUGAUUAAAUUUGGCACUGAGGGCAAGG